GAACGUUUUUGCCUCUUUCUCCUUCUAUCGGGGUGUUCUCUCGAGGCUAUUAUUAUUCAUUCAGACUCUUUACAAAGAAAAAAGAAAAAGUUUCGAUUUUUUGCUUUUAUUUCAUCGAUUUCAUUGCGAAUCUUGGGUGAUGUUGGUGUCUAGGGUUCUAUCGAGAGUUUCUCGAAGUGCGGGAUUACGCUCGUCUCUCUCCUCCUCCGUCGCUACUCAGACGAGGAAUCAGUAUCCGAUUGUUUCAAGCCGAUUCCACUCCCUCGUUCACAGAAAUCCCAACCAGCUUGUUGCAGUUCCAGUGUCGCUCCUAAAUCAUGCAACUCCAGAUUUCAAUGUCCUACAAAGGUUUGGCUUUUUCUCGUCUUCCUCGGCUGAACCGAAGGGAAAUGGGAGUAACAUAGAUGUCCCAAAGACUGGUAAAGCUUCUGAGGAUGUGGAGGCGGGGAGAGUAACAGAUUCAGAGACUGAUUUUGAGAGUUUGUCAAGGGAUGAUUUGGUGAAGCUUGUGGGUGAGAAGGAACAUCUUUUGAAGGUUCAGCGGGAAGACAUGAUGGAAAUGAAAGAUGGUUUUCUUCGCAGUUAUGCAGAGUUGCAGAAUCUAAUGGAUCGGACAAAACGUAAUGCUGAAAGCUCCAAAAAGUUCGCCGUACAGAACUUUGCCACGAGCCUUUUGUUCGUCGCUGAUAUUCUUGAAAAAGCUUCUUCGGUUGGCAAACAGAGUUUUUCGGAGAUUGACAUUUCAAAAGACUCUGCUGGUGCUGCUCCGCUGUUAAAAAACCUAUUACAUGGAGUGGAGAUGACUGAGAAAGAAUUAGCACAGGUAUUUAAAAAAUAUGGUUUGGUGAAAGAAGUUCCUUUAAAUGAACCGUUUGAUCCAAACAGACAUAACGCAGUGUUUCAAGUCCCGGAUGCUUCCAAGCCAGAAGGCACAAUUGCUGAGGUCCUAAAGGUACUAAACUAUAAAAGAGUCUGGAUACUCCUUGUACGAUCGAGUUAUAAGACCAGCUGAUGUUGGUGUUACUUGUGCGGUGGAGAAUCAAGAAGGCGAGAAAGAGUCUGAAGCUUGAGAAACACAAACAAGGAGACUUAAAAGCUUUGUUUUAACAUCUUCAUGAGUUCUUUUUUUUAGUUAAUAGUUCUCUCUUUCUUGCAUAUUCAUUGGAGGAACAAGAUUCCCAUAAAAGAAGCAGGACAUUGCUGCAAUCCCAGGGAAACCCUGGUUCUGUAACUUUAGUACUUUACACGAAAUUUCAUGAGAUUAUAAAACUGGAA